UAAUUUGGUUACUCACUCAUAAAUUAACGCCCUCUCCUUUUAGGUUUCCUCGCCAUUACCAAGCUCCUAUCCUACCCAACCCAAAACACAUACAGGUAUUUUUCACGGAGAGAGAGAGAGAGAGAGAGAGAGAGAGAGAGAGAGAGAGAGAGAGAGAGAGAGAGAGAGAGAGAGAGAGAGAGACAGACAGAGACGCUCUAUUCAUUCUUCUUCUCUUCCCGUCGAGAUCGAGAUCGAGGAACAUCGCGAUCGAGAUCGAGUUUGAGAUUGAGAUCGAGAGAGACGCCUCUGUAUUUCCAAAUCACUGAAUUAGGGUUUCUGCUGAUGCCCUCUGCUUGAAUUCUCUAUUUGCCUUAUGGUGAUGUCGCCAUUGUUAUGAAUUUCGAUUCUGGAGAUGACAGGACACUCCUGGCCGCACGAUCAAUCCUCGCUCCGAUCUGCACCUUAUGAUUAUAACCUUCGCAGUGGCAGAAAUGUUUUUCGAUUGUUGGCACAGAGGGAGAUUUCUCCGAAAACAAAAUAUAUGCCAAAAAGAAAGUGGGGAGAAGCUUCAAACGGGAUCCAAGUUUCCUCAUCUAGGCCCAACAGUGAACCAGUGAGAGAUGCAAAAAGCGGUCUUAUUUCAUGGGUUGAGGCGGGGUCUUUACGGCAUUUAUCUGCAAAAUAUUGUCCCCUGGUUCCUCCUCCUAGGUCAACCAUCGCAGCAGCUUUUAGUCCUGAUGGAAGAAGUAUUGCUUCUACACAUGGUGAUCAUACUGUUAAGAUAAUCGAUUGCCAAACUGGAAACUGCUUAAAAGUUUUGAGUGGUCAUCGGAGGACACCCUGGGUGGUUAGAUUCCACCCAUUGCAUCCAGAAAUACUUGCAAGUGGGAGCUUGGAUCAUGAAGUUCGCUUGUGGGAUUCAAAAACAGCAGAGUGUAUUGGAUCCCGUGAUUUUUAUCGUCCUAUUGCCUCCAUUGCCUUCCAUGCUGAGGGGGAACUCCUUGCAGUUGCAUCAGGUCACAAGUUGUACAUAUGGCACUACAACAAGAGAGGAGAAGGUUCUUCACCAACCAUUGUUUUGAAGACAAGGCGCUCUCUUAGAGCUGUACAUUUUCAUCCGCAUGCUGCUCCAUUUCUCUUGACUGCUGAGGUCAAUGAUCUUGACUCUUCAGAUUCUGCAAUGACAUGGGCAACAUCUCCGGGUUACUUGCGAUAUCCUCCGCCAGCUGUUUUUGUUGCAAAUGUACAACCUAGUGAUUCUGCUCGUAUGGCUUCUGAGCUUCCCUUCAUGUCCAUACCUUUGUUAUUCAUGCCUCCAUUUUCAAUAGAUGAUACAAGAAUGGAUUUGCAGUAUGCUCAUGGCCAUACCAGUUCAAGUGGCCUGCGAGUGGGUUCUUCUGCCUCAAUGCAGUCCCAAACAGAUUUAAGUGCAGCAGAACAGCAAAACGAUACGGACCUAACUUCUUGGGAGUUGCCUUUUCUACAAGGAUGGUUGAUUGGUCAAAGGCAGGCUGCUGUCCCUUCAAUGCUUCCUGUUAUUGGUGGUAGUCAUGAAUGCUCAGCUCCCCACAUGGUUUCUUCCUCAACAUCUCAUCUAUCUACUAGCAAUCUCGAGGCCGCUGUAGCUUCUUUAGCGAUCCCUGGUGGCAUCAGUUUAUCUGGUGUUCCUGGAAGAUCUGGCUCACGGAAUAGUGCUUCACGAUCUCGCUUCUCUGUUUCUGGAGUGGGGGAAGGUCCUGUUCUCACCAAUACACUAAACGAUGCAACUGAUCAUCAACCAAUCAUGAACAGAAUACAGUCUGAAUUGUCUACAUCUCUGGCUGCUGCGGAGUUGCCUUGCACUGUGAAGCUCAGAGUGUGGUCACAUGAUAUUAACAACCCUUGUGUUCUGCUCAGUUCUGAAAGAUGUCGCUUGACGAUACCUCAUGCUGUCCUUUGCAGUGAAAUGGGUGCACAUUUUUCUCCAUGUGGAAGAUUUUUAGCUGCAUGUGUUGCUUGCAUGCUUCCUCAUAUGGAAGCUGAUCCUGGAUUGCAAACAUUAGCCAAUCAAGAUCUUGGGGCUGCAACGUCCCCAACUCGACAUCCAAUCUCAGCCCAUCAAGUCAUGUAUGAGCUUCGCAUUUAUUCCCUCGAAGAGGCAACUUUUGGUUCAGUGCUUGUAUCACGGGCGAUAAGAGCUGCUCAUUGUUUGACUUCAAUUCACUUCUCACCUACUUCUGAGCACAUAUUACUUGCCUAUGGACGGCGUCAUGGUUCUCUUCUUAAAAGCAUUGUCAUUGAUCGUGAAAUGACAUCACCAAUUUAUACAGUUCUAGAGGUUUACAGAGUUUCAGACAUGGAACUUGUAAGAGUACUGCCCAGUGCAGAGGAUGAGGUCAAUGUUGCUUGUUUUCAUCCUUUUGCUGGAGGAGGUCUUGUCUAUGGAACCAAGGAAGGGAAACUUAGAAUCCUUCAAUAUGAUGGUGCGUCAGGAUCCAAUUUCACAGGACUGAACUCCUUUCCUGAGGAAAACUUGGCCGAGGUGCAGACAUAUGCUCUAGAAUGCUAAAAAUCAGUGGUCAGACUUCAUACAUAAGUUGCUCCAAUCAGCUUGGGCAUUUUGUGAUUCAUCAACUAUAGAAGAUCCGUGUGCCUGGUUUGAAGAGGAAGUGAUUAGCUGCUGGAUUUUCUAACAUUUUAAUACCCUUCCCGAGAAAUUUUCUAAUGCUUUAAUCAAUAUGUAAAAUAUUUUAUGGUAGUUGUAUCUCAAGACAAGUUUCCUUCUUUUUCUUGUCAUAUUUUAUUACAAUAUCUGACUUCAUUGUUGUUUCCUAGUAAGAAAAUGUUCCCUUGAUUGUUAGUAGCUGUUGGGACUUUUGUACCUCUGAUUUGCCAGUGGGUUAGUCAUCAUCCAUCCAUGGCCUCUCGAAUAACUGCCCUUUGGCUGUAUACUUGGUUCGUUUUUUCUUUUUUUUUUUUGUCAACCCCUGCUGCAUGUUUUAUAAUGAUGUAACCGUGAAACUCUUUGGAUGCCUUGUCUAACCAGAGAAAUGUGACGAUGAUGGCAUUUCUUUUUUAUUUGUAAAUUUAAGUUUUGAGUUUAACUACUUC